AUAAAACUCAUGCUUUUCAAAGACACUCCUCUGCUUUCCUUUUCCUUUUAUAAUUAUUCUGUUUCCUACUUUUUAGUCAGAGCAUUUUUGUCUAUUAUCAGUCAUCCUAUUGGAAUUCUACAUGAACAGGGAAACACUCUGGUUGUCCGUUUUUCUUCGUUGGAAAGAGGCUGAAGAGCGCCGUCUCUUUCUUAAUGAAAUGGAUAUAGAUGUUUCCACUGCUGAAUCCUUAUCCUGCAAAGAACUCAAUUCUGUUGAUUCACUGUCCAUUUCACCGUGUUCCGUUUCUUGCUUAAUUGUUCAUGAUCAUGAAAAAAAAUCUUUGGGGUUCUUGCAACUUAGCUAAUUUCUCUUAUCUGUGUUUUUCUUCUUCUUCAAUUUCAUGGGUUCUUUUUCCCUUGUCCUUUUUUUCCGAAUCUGUAUAGCCUGUAUCUCCACCACCACCAGGAUUGAUUUCACUUACAGAGAGCCUCAUUUGAUUCAGCAUCUUCUCUUCAUCUCUUUCUUCAAAGAUCAAGAGAGUUGCCUGAACUGAAUCACUUCAACAUCUCUCUCUCUUCCUUUCUUCGAUUUUCCAUUCUUUUCCAUUCUUUUUCUGAUUUUCCGUGAUUCCUACUCUUUGGGGUUUUUUCUGCUUCGGUUUCUACUUUUACGACAUUAUGCUAAGUAGUAUAAUAAUACCUGAAUUUUGGCAUCAUGUGGGUAUAAAACCCAUAUAUGUUUUUUUUUUUUAAUUUUGUGCAGAGUAUGAGGAGCUUGGGAUAUAAGUUUGAAGAAUAUUAAGUUAAUUUUUUAAGGGGAAAAUGCGAUUGUUUCCAUCGGAUUCAAGUGUGACAAAGGAGCAAAUCAAUGGAGAAAACAAUCGCGCUUUGUUGUAUCUCAAUGUAUAUGUUCUCACAUCUAUAAAUAACUUCCUUUACUGGUUCGGCCUUGAUAUAUUCCACUCUGGGAUUGAAGUGCAUGGGAUGGGGUAUGGCUUUGGAGCACACCAGUACCCUAUAAGUGGGGUGUUUGAAGUUGAACCAAGAAGUUGUCCUGGUUUCAUCUUCAGACGAUCUGUAUUGUUGGGCAGCACCGACAUGUCUCUUUCAGAAUUUUGGUUAUUUAUGGAACAACUUUCGGAUAAAUACCACGGGGACACAUAUCAUUUUAUUGCUAAGAAUUGCAACCAUUUCACCGAUGAUGUGUGCAUGCAGCUAAAUGGAAAACAUAUUCCCGGAUGGGUAAAUAGGCUGGCUCGACUAGGUUCGUUUUGUAACUGUAUACUUCCUGAAAACAUUCAAGUGACAGCAGUUCGACAUGUGUUGUACUUGGAAAACCAUUAGCCUCUGCAGAUAAGAAGGGGAUUGUGUGUACCUGGACAUGAUCCCACUGGUUGGUUGUACAUGGAAUGGACACUGAACUAUGUCACUCCAUUUCUGAAUGUGUUACACUUAUUUGCAAUUUAUUUCAAGAAUUUAUUUGUUAUGUUUUGUCUGCAGAUUCGGAUUGCAAAACUUGAACAGCAACUAGCAAUGAUAAAUCCGUCAUAUGAUUUGAAUUCACAGACAUAAUUUUCUGAAGGAUACUGUAAAUUCAGGUUUUUCUUGUUCUUAAAUUGGUUUAAGGUUUAGGAUUUUCAACUACACUAAUUUUCAUGAGAAAGGUAACACAAAAUAAGGAAAACAGGCAAUAUGGCCUAACACCCAUGACACAUGAGAAAUAGGCUUUUAGGAUUCAGUUCAAUGACUUAAAGGAAUACAAUAUGGUGAUGACUGAUGAGCCAUUGUUUGGUAUUAGCACUGACAUUGCAAACUAUGACAUAAUGAUUCCUCUGGCUUGUAGGACUUAGUUCAAUGACUUAUAGGAAAACAAUUUCGCAAUGAGCCAAGUUCAAUGACUUUCAGGAAUAUAUUUUGGCAACAAGCCAUUGAUAGGUAAUAGCAUUGACCUUGGUCAAGUUGUUCUUCCAUUUUUUCUCGUUGUAGUGUUCAUAGCCUGCUAUUUUUUUAUAGUAGCUUUCUCAUUAAUGUCAUUAGAAAUCUCGAUAUGAAUCUGAAGCUUUUGUAGUCCCUUUUGCCUUUAUGAAAUGAUCUUUAAGGUUUCUCUAGUUGUAUCUUGGAGACCAUAAAAGCAAAAAUGAAAUCCAUGUUACUGAUGCUUACAUCUCAUUCUCGUUGACUGGAAGUGCAAGG